UUUUUUCAAAAGCACAAAUUCCAAAUAGUAUUCGUUGCACGUCCUGGGUACCAUGGAGUACAUGGCACACAGUCCCCUCUGCUCGGGAGAUGCGGUCCGAAUCCUCCUAUUCAGAGUUUCAAUUCUCAUCCAAUCGUUCCUCCCGCUUGGACGAGAGGGUAUCCACCUUUACGAGCAAUAGCGGCCUUCAACACGUGUUUAUGAUCCCCAGCUCAAGGGUAGAACCUUGAUCUUGAAGGCUUGCCUGUCAGCUCUCGAUAAUAAUAUUAAUAUUUCUUACUUAUAUCCCGCAGUAAUGGACUACCAAGGGCGGGUUGUGGGACCUUUGAGAUAAUAAUAAGAAUGGUACCAUGUACACACUGGAACUCGAUCCUACACAUGGCAAGAACAAAAUCCAAAAACGAGGAAUGCCUGCAAAUCCUGCAGACACAACUGAGCAGCAACAGCACUGUACGUAGGGUCCAUUACUAUGGAACUCGUCCUGCCCCCUUGGACGCCAGAUAAUAGCCGUUCACAUAGGCUAACCUCCUUUUGACCAGGGAGGCUUGGACACUUUGACCAAUAGACGAUUACAAUGUACCCUUGUCGUACCAACAAUGGUCUUGCGCGAAAUCGUGCUUGAUCGCAAUGCAGGACAUUCAUCUUGUUCGUUCAUCUGUUUAGCUAGCAGGUUUGACCAGCAAGUCACUGCUCUAGGCAAGAGAUUAUCCUGUAAACGGGUUAUUGGAACGCUGAUCGGGAGGAACUAAUCCAGCCACCCGUGGAAAGCCAGAUGACGAGUUAACUAGUCUCGGAGUUAAUAAGGAGUUUAUCCGCUCAAAAACCAGCACAACAGCAGUUAACAGACUGAAUACAGUUAACCCACUAGAUAUGCCGUGCUAUCACUCUCUGCACCUUGCUAUGUACGGCAUAUAUGUUGAUGCUGCUCUUCCCGGAUGUUAUAGCCUGCCUAGCGCUCGCUACGGGACAGGAGCAUAGCACAAAAGAGCAAAUCAGGUACUGGCACCCAAAUUCCCCCCCGAACCGGGAUCAUUUUCAGCUCGAUGAUUGUAGUCCAUAUACUCCCCCGUACACCCUACGUACAUGUGGGCACUCAUGAUUUAAAAUCAGGAUUUAUAUUACUUCCGUUUUAUCUGCUGAUAGGAGGUUUCUCCAUAUGUAAGUGAACCCCUGGCCUCGUGGCGGACAGGAUAUUGAGUUAUUCCUCGCUCCAUGAACGGUCCAAAAAAAGUCGGAGAAUAGACCAUGGGGGUGACCCUUCACCAUAUACCAGCAUAUACUAGCCAGGGUGCGAUGCCGAUGUUGAUAAGGGGCCCGCAGGGGAAUAACGAAGAGGCAUGCACUGUUUACGCUCCGUACCAGACCAACUGUUACUCUGCUGUGGACAAACGACGUUAUUCGCUAAGUUGUAUCUUGAAAUAGGAGGACGACUGUCUCUCCUGCUAGUGUUGAUCGCCAUGUGGCAGAGACAAACGUGUCAAACCCCCAAGCACAUACACUUUUGUCUCUCAAGGGCUCGUAUUCCGGCAAGGAUCAGGGCGACGCUCACUUCGCUUCCUGGAAAGCCAUGCAGGGGCGCUGGCCUUGUGAUUUCCAAUCUAUUGCAAAUUUAUUUUUAUACUUCGGCCACCACGUUUUUUUCCUUUUUUUUCUGAAAAUGGGGCCAGGCAUUGAGGCUCUGCAUAGUUCAACCGUGUCCGACACUCUUAUCUCUGAUUCUUCUCAUGUGGCCUUUCAAAGGGAAGAAAAAAGAGAGAAAAGCAAAUAUCGGAACUAUCUAAAGCUGACUGGGUAAUCCCUGUCCCCUACACCCGCUACAUCAUGGCGCAAGGUCGGCGGGUGGUGGAACAAGCUCUCUCUCUUUUCUCGGGCCUGAGCUGCUGGCUGCUUUUAUAUGCCCUCGCAUCCCCCAGAUCCUCCCUCAGCUUGAACACAAACAACUUCUCCUUCUCAUACCUUCACGCUACACGCUGGCAUUAACUACUCUACUUCUACAAGCACAUUAGUGAACCUCAUGCCAUACAUGCACUCAGAGCUACACACCUGCCAGGCUUCCACUGUUCAUCCCGUCUACUACGCUAUUGAACCGUGAAAGCCAUCUGCUCUACCCGCAAGUCUAGAGAGUCGCACUUCAAAUCCCAAGGUAGUCAUCAAUUUCUACUGUGUUUGGAUUCCAAUAUCAGAUUUCAACAAUGACCUCAGUGGCGGGCACCUUCACUCUCGCCCUCGACCCUACUACACAUUUCGGCUUUUCGGAAGACGGGUCCCAUGCUGACUACGAGCUGGCUCUCUCUCCACGGUCGGAGGAUAUCAGAGCUAUGAUGGGAUCCAACGACUUCCCCUACGACCUCAAUACCGCGGGAGUGAUGAACCAAAAGCAGAAUAUGACCAAGGCGCAGUCGCUCACUGGUUUCGAGCAGUGUGCUUCAGCCUUUCCAGCAAAUCCCCACGGAGAUGCAGAGAUCUACAACAGCCCAUAUCACAUAGAGACUACGAUUCCAUGGGAAACUGACUGUAUGAUGUACACCUCACUGCCACAGCGCAUGGUGAGGUAUACCUCUCCAUUGGGCUCUUGCGGAGGAGAUCAAUCUACAUCUGAUUCUUCCAUGAGCGAGUACUCGUGGAACUCUCCUAAGCUCUAUCCUAGCGUCAACGAUGUAUUCGACUCGCCAAUCACCGAAAAAUGCCAGUUUUUGGAUGGCAUCGACAAUGCUCUGUCUAGGAGCCUAAGUGGUUCGCAGUUUGGAAGCGAGUGUUCUGUCUCACCUAAAGAUGUACAACAUUAUCCGGAUCCUGUCCCUACCCAAAGCCCUACUUUUGAAGACCUCAUGCUGUCUAACAAACCGCCCCGAUCUAUCCCUGCCUUCAUGUCACAAUCCUUUCCACUACAAAACUUGGACUCACGUCUCGGGCAAGAUGAGAUUGUCUUCGGGGAUCAUCUACAAACUGGGAACAACGAAAUAGUUGAUCCCGCCCUAGGCGAGGUCUAUCUCGACCGCCAGAACAGUCUCUCCGAAAUGACUUCUGCGGGAUUUUCUGGCUUGACCCACAAGCGAGUAAAGUAUAACGAGAUAAAAGCAGAUAGCUCGGUUUCGAUACCCAGCCCUCCAUUAUCCCCAAGUGGCAGUGAGAGUGGUGUACGAAAGAACCGAGCGAAGCCAAAGCAAAGACAAUCUCCAGUCAGCAAACGCACGACUAGGCGAACCCCGCCUAAGAGUUCAAGUUUCAGCAUUCCCCGAAACCGCCAAUCGGCGGCGGACCGCAUCUUCACCUGCGUUUUUGCCCCAUAUGGUUGCACAAGCUCCUUUGCCUCCAAGAAUGAGUGGAAGCGCCACGUUCUUUCCCAACAUCUCCAGCUUGGCUUUUAUCGAUGUGACAUUGGUCACUGCAAGGUGUCUAAACCGUCCAACUCUAUGAUGUCCACCCCUUACUCCUGCGAUUGCCCAACCUCAAUCUCCUCUUCCCCUUCUCAUUCAUGCACUAUUACCACUAUGCGUACCCCCAACGAUUUCAACCGCAAAGACCUUUUCACUCAACAUCUUCGUCGCAUGCACGCGCCUUGGUUGACUCUCCCCUCUCCACAUGAGCCUACCAAGGGAGAACGUGAAGCUUUCGACAAGCAGCUUGAUGAAGUACGAGCCAGAUGCUGGGUCCAGCAACGUCAAGCUCCUCAGCGAAGCCAGUGCAACUACUGCAGCCAUGAAUUUGUUGGCCCACACUCCUGGGAAGACCGCAUGGAACAUGUGGGCAAGCACUGCGAAGUUAUGGAUACCGAAGAGCGCGAAGAUGUUGCUCUGCGCGAGUGGGCCAUUGAAGAGGGUGUCAUUCUACCAUAUGGGCCUGGCAAGUGGUUGCUAGCAAGCAUAUUGAAUGGCAGUGGAAAGAAAUCCUGUGGAUACUCCUCAUAAUAUGCUUCUCUUAUUGCCUCAAAUGGGGGAGAAAAAGGGGUGAGAGAACCGAACCAGAAACGAAAACAAAGGAAAAAAAAUAUUCCUUUUCUCUGUCUGUCUCAGUAUAUAUUUUUCCCUACUUGUUUGUUCAUGACUUUUCUUAUGCUUUUUCAUUUAUUACGACUCGGGCAAGACUUCAGGAAAAUUCAGCAUGGCAUUAUGUGGUGGUAUGGAAACACGGGUUUCAUUUGUAACGAAUACAAAGCUUUAUAUGACUUCUUUUCUCCCUUUUUUCCAGUUUAAUAUUAUUCUCUCAAAUAGCCCUCCUCUACUUACCCCCGAUACGUUCUACAUAUUAAUCUCACAAUAAUGAUCUUGAUGAUUGAUGUACCGUACACUCCGGCAUUCACUUUAGAUCUUUGGCACUUGCUACUAGAAUCCUCCGAUAUCCAAUCUACAACAUGCCGCAUCCAACAGGUAUAUCAUCCUCAGUCAUGUUCUAAAAAUUUCCGGAAGAUAUCAUAAUUCAAGUUUCCAUCCAACCGAAGUAUCAUGUAGAGUGUCUUUUAGAAGCUACGCCCACCUUCAGCAUGCAGGCUACCUGCAUGCAGCAGGGCUCAAACAACUCAGGCCCUGGUUAAUCACUGACAUAUCUAUUGGCAAUCGAGUGGGACUAUGUAAGUUCCGAAGCCAUUCAAGGGGUAUGCACGCAACCUGGCCGCAAUCCUGUUUGCACGCGGCCAUGCACGGAAGAGUAGAUGCAAGUGUCCAU